UCGGAGUUGUGCUGUCGCCUGUCCAGCUUUGGACUAGAGGCCUGCUGAGUGUCAAGGGAGGAAGUCCUGUACAUAAAGACACGCUCACCGUCACACUACAUCGCCAUAAACUCUCCAGUCCUCUUCUGCGUCCGAAGCUGCAGCGUAGCUUUGCGAGAAAAUGGCAAGUCACAGAGACAUUCGCUUCCUGCACAACCUGUCCUAUCACCCGCGAUGGCAGCACGACUCAGUAAAAGUCAGGAGGAGAAGAAAACAUAAACGGACAGUGGUUUCAAACAGCUGCAGCGGGAGUAGAGUGUUUCACUCAUCGUCGUUGACAUCAAAGUCAUUGACAUCUAAACCACAGUUGCCAUCGUCCCGUUUGCGAUGCUCCAGGAGCUGGUGUGGGAGCUGGUUUCUCCUGCCCUUACUCAUUGUCUCAUGUAUGCCCUGUCAAGCCUGGGCAACCACUUUCAAGGUGGCCUUGAUGGGACCCUGGACUUGUGAUCUAUUAUACUCUAAAGCACUACCGGACUUGGCCGCCCGUCUAGCCACGAGCCGCAUAAACAAGGACCCCCACCUCAACAAAGGCUAUUGGUAUGACUACACGCUUAUCAAUGAGGAUUGCAAGUCAUCCCGCGCUCUUGCUCGCUUUGCCGAGCUGGAAAGUUAUGGUGCUGCUUUCCUUGGCCCCGCCAACCCAGCAUACUGCUCCUCCGCAGCUUUGUACACCAAAGAGUGGGACGUCGGGCUCCUUUCCUGGGGAUGCCUCAAACCUACCAUGAAUAUCGGAAGCAUGUACCCCACCUUCCUCCGGCCGCUGCCCCUGUCCUCCCGUGUACUUUUCACUGUGUUGAGGUACUUCCGGUGGGCCCAUGUGUCCAUAAUCUCGGAAGAGACGGACAUUUGGGAAGCCACAGGACAUGAGCUGGCCUCUUCGCUGAGGGCGCUUGGCCUGCCAGUCAACCCUGUUGUAACCAUGGAGACUGACAAGGAUGGGCCUCGCAUAGCCCUGACAAAAGUACGGGAAUCAGACCGGGUUAGAGUGAUCAUCAUGUGCAUGCCGUCUGUUCUCCUCGGUGGCCAAGCUCAGUACCAGCUCCUGACAACAGCGCUGUCCAUGCGUUUGAUCGACAGAGGCUAUGUUUUCAUCCCCUAUGACACCCUCCUGUAUGCGCUACCUUACAAAGAUGCAAACUACUACGCUCUCGGCAAUGACACCAAUCUGCGGAAAGCCUUCGAUGGGGUCCUCACCAUCACCAUGGACUCUGGAGAACGCAAUUUCUAUGAGGCCUUCAAAGAUGCUCAGGACAGCUAUGAAAUCCGCAGCAGCACACCACCAGAGGAGGUUUCUCCCUUCUUUGGCACCAUUUACAACAUGAUGUAUUACAUAGCAAUGGCUGCCGAGCAGGCGCGGGCCAAGGGGGGGCGCUGGGUAACUGGUCAGAUCCUGGGCGAAAGCGAGGGUGGCUUUGAAUUUGAAGGCUUCAAUCAGCGGUUGAGGGCUAGCAGGGGUGGAGACGGCAUGCAGGCUCGCUACGUAGUGCUGGACUACAGUGGCAUCGGCACCUCUCUCUACUCUACCCAUACUUUGGAAGCUGCUCACACAGACGGGAGGUCCGGGGGCCUGAAGUACCUUGGUCGUUCCAUUCAUUUCGCGGGCAGUACGCCCUACACAGACUCAAGCUGCUGGUUUAGCCCCUAUUUUGCCUGCACUGGAGGCCUGGAUUCCGUCUCUUUGUUUUUCCUCUUCCUCUUGUUCAUAAUAUUGGCUGGUUUUGGAGUCAAGGCCUUCAUGCAAUUCAGGAAAACCGGCAGGAUUUCGUUCACCUUUGGCGGCGAUGGUAACGGCGGCCCGACCAAGACAGUUCUGACCCUGGACGACCUUGUCUUCAUCAACACUCAAAUCAGCAAAAGGAAGCUCAACGAUGAAAGCAUCCUGAGGAGCACACUGGACAUGAAGACGCCGCACUACUCUGUGUCGGGCCGCAGCUACCUGGCCUCAACGCCCGACAGCUCGAACAUUGCCGUGUUUGAGGGUGACUGGGUUUGGUUAAAGAAAUCUCCCAAUGGAUCAGUGUACGGUGUCAACAGCAGCACUGAGAUUAUCUUUGUCAAGCUCAGAAACAUGAGGCACGAGAACCUCAAUCUGCUCCUGGGGCUGUUCUUCGACUGUGCCAUCUUCGGCAUUGUGACAGAGCACUGCUCCAGAGGAAGUCUGGAUGAGCUGCUCAACAACGAGGAAGUGCGUCUUGAUUGGAUGUUCAAAUCCUCCCUGUUGAUGGAUCUGAUCCGGGGAAUGAAGUAUCUGCACAAUCACGACAUCGCCCACGGACGGCUCAAAUCCCGUAACUGUGUGGUAGACGGGCGCUUUGUGUUGAAGGUGACAGAUUACGGAUACAAUGACAUCUUGAUUGCCCAAGGCAUCGACAAUGACCAUGAAAAGCCAGAGGAGCUGCUCUGGACGGCUCCUGAGCUGCUGCGAAGUUCUAGUCGGAGGAGGAAGGGGACUUUCGCAGGAGAUGUCUACAGCUUUGCUAUCAUUGUGCAGGAGGUCAUCUCUCGCUCCGCACCUUUCUGCAGCCUGGACAUGCCUCCUAAGGAGAUCAUCAGCAAGGUCAAAGAGCCUCCUCCUUUGUGUCGGCCUGUGGUGUCACUGGACGAGGCCCCUUUGGAUGUGAUACAGGUUAUGAAGCAGGGCUGGAGCGAAGAGCCAGACAAGAGGCCAAGCUUCGAGGAGAUCUUCAAACAGUUCAAGAACAUCACUAAGGGAAAGAAGACCAACAUCAUCGACUCCAUGCUGCGGAUGUUGGAGCAGUACUCCUCCAACUUGGAGGAUCUGAUCAGAGAGAGGACGGAGGAGCUGGAGGUGGAGAGACAGAAGACUGACAACCUGGUGGCUCAGAUGCUGCCCAGGUCUGUGGCCCAGGCGCUGAAGACAGGCAAGCCCGUCAAACCCGAGCACUUCAACGAGGUGACGCUGUACUUCAGCGACAUCGUGGGCUUCACCACCAUCUCAGCUCUCAGCGAUCCCAUCGAGGUGGUCGACUUACUCAAUGACCUCUACACAUGCUUUGAUGCCAUCAUCGGGCUGCAUGAUGUCUACAAGGUGGAAACUAUCGGCGAUGCCUACAUGGUGGCCUCAGGAGUCCCCAACAGGAACGGCAAACGUCACGCAGCGGAGAUGGCCAACAUGUCUCUGGACAUCCUCCACUGCAUUGGGACCUUCAAGAUGAGGCACAUGCCUGAGCUCAGAGUCAGGAUCCGUAUCGGCCUGCACUCCGGCCCGGUCGUAGCAGGAGUGGUGGGUCUCACCAUGCCCCGGUACUGCCUGUUUGGAGACACCGUCAACACAGCAUCUCGAAUGGAGUCCACAGGGUUGCCUUACAGGAUCCAUAUCAACCAAAGCACAGUCGAUGUCCUGAACAGCUUGAAGAUGGGAUACAAAAUUCAAAGCCGAGGCAUGACGGAGUUAAAGGGAAAAGGUAUUGAGAACACAUACUGGUUGGUGGGGAGGGAAGAUUUCGACAAGCCUCUGCCCAUUCCUCCAGACACUCAAGGGGGAAGCAAUCACGGUAUCGGUUUAGAUGAGAUACCUCCCGACAGAAGACAAAAAUUCCUGGAACGGCAGAAGAAGAUGGGUUAGCCUCAUGUUUUGCACUGAAGACCCCAGUACUGGGAAGUGAUAUUUUCUAGAACAAUACUGUUUGUCAGUGAGAGAAAAAAACGCAGGGAGAUGUCUGAAUGAAAAGUAAACAGUGCUGCGCUCUUAAAAUGACCCACAUUCGACUGUAAUUUCUGCUCUAAACCAAUUCCUGAAACAGUGACACGGAAAUUAAUUUGUCAAACUCAUAUCUAGACUAAAAUAGGCUUUCCUGGAGAUGAUCGUUCUCUUGUUUCUAGUCUUAGCACAUCAGUGCCAUGAUUAACUCUGGCUCCACACUGCAGAAAAGAGCCAAACAGUAAACUGUCCGUAUUUGUUCGGCACCUGUUUUUUUACCGGCAGAAUGUUUUUUAAUUUGCAGCUUCAGAAUGUGUUGGCGCCAAUCGCCGAACAAGCUGAUGGGUGUGUCUAGACAAAAGAACACAGUGUGACAUGCAAUACUGGUGUUCACCAUGUCCUGUAUGUAUUUAUACUGAGCUCUGUGAUUUGUAGAGAGGUUGGAGAGAUUGUAUCAUGAACCGAUACAUGUGGAAGCUAUUACUGCUGGACUAUUCAUCGUGGGUAUAACAGAAGUGUGUGAGACAUUAGUCUUUUACAACAACAGAAUUAAUACAUUUAAACGUCCUCGCUGUACUUUAAGCAGGGAGACUGGAUAAGUUAGAGCUGAAGUCGAGGAGUGCUCUGAUUUUUGCUUUUGUUGUGCAUCAACUUGAUUAUUCAGUGAACAAAAAUGAAGCUAUAAUAUCAAAAUAUAUCAAAGUAUCUUUUUUGUUUAUUUAAUAUUAGAUCAAACUAUUUUCAUACGUUUUUUUGUUUACAGGGUCCUUUCAAAUAUGAAUCCAUGACUGCAGAUGUGUCUAUUUGACUGAUGGUUUUCAUUAAAUAUCAAUCUAGUUGUGUAUCUCAACACAAAAUGUGCUCUAAAAUUUACUUCACUUGACUUGUUCCAAUGGUAAUUACAACAAUAUACAUAUCUUUAGGCUAAAACUUUUGUAAAUCAGCAAAUGUUGUAUGAAUGCAAACGCUAAAUGACACACAAUUAUUGGAGAAUAUCGAUGGGACACACAUGAUAUUGUUCUUUAAAGGACUCACUUGUAAUUUCCAUUUGUGUGUAUUGUGUGUUUAAUGAUGUGUGUAUUGCUUUAAUAUGGGGCUGACAUUUUCCACGCAGCAUGCAAACAUGAGCCGAACCAUUGCUCGCUGAAGUGAUGCAUGGUCAUUGCAUGUUUCGUUCAGUGUGCUGUAUGUUCUUCAUGGGAGAGCAAUAGAAAGACAAACGCUG